GUGUCAGUUUGCUCAACCCAAUCCCGGGUUUGCCUCAGCCAAAACUUUCCAAUAAGUAUUUGCGCACGAACCACACGGAGGAACACGAAGUUUCCUCUUUAGUAAAGCAACUUCAAGCUGUUCAAUCCGCGCGCGUACCUCUCAACGCCAAAUACCCGAGACGAAUCCGAAAGUGACCGUCCCUCCGAUGGCAUCUACUGAAUCGAAAGUAGUCAAAAAGACAGCGCUGCAAGAGAAGCUCGGUGCCUUACGUGGUGCAUUUUCGAAAAAAGGAUCGAGCUCCUCAGAGAUUGUUUCUCCUGACGACGACAUGAACCAUUCUCUGCCUUCCCCUACAUCUCCUGGUGGCCAAGGAAAAUAUGUUACGAAUAACCUGCCUGCGCUGCCGACCCGCGCGAGCGAUACGACCCUUGCAGCUUCUGGUCAGCGAAGUUCAAAACCAGCUUCGUCAGCGCAGGGAUAUCAGAUGUACUCCAUAUCCAGUGGAGCCUCUCAGUCAUCCACCGAUGUCUACAAUUCGGGAUCGUCGUCCUUGCCACGCCAGACCACCAAUCUAACGAAAGGCAAAAUGGCCCACGGCUCGAUGCCUUUGGGGACAGAACGAUUGAAAAUACCGGCAGGUGGAAAGGCCAUUAGCGAAGACACGGGAUCUGAAGAAGAGCUGGACCAAAUUUCAGAACUGAAGCUCAACAGCCCAACGGCGGCAUCGAGUGCCAUGCUAAGUGGACAACGGAGCGGAAGUGUAGACACCCUGAACGCACAGGCUGGGACACCCGCAGAUUCAAGCCUGGGUAGUCAGAGCGGGGGCGCAAAGCACCAUAAAUCGCUUCCGAAGAUUACAACGCUUUUCAUGCCGAAGAAGAACCGUGCUUCCAGCGCCACGCCUGGCUGCGAUUCGGGUCUUAUGUCUCCCGUUUCACCAAGCAUUGGGAAUCUGCCGUUAACGCAGAACUCCCGAAAGGGUACUCUGUCUGCCUACGAAAUGGGUCCCAAUGCAGCCCCGGGCCUUCACCGCGACUACAACCUCGAUGACUUCCAUAUUGUUCGGAGAGUUGGCAAAGGUGGAUUUGCCAAUGUUUUCCUUGUUCGGUUGAAGCAUUCGACGGGACGGUACUACGCUCUCAAAGCAAUCAAGAAGCACGAUGUUGUGAAGAUGAAGCAAGAUAAACAAGUCAUGAACGAAAAGAACAUUCUACGGAACAUCGAUCACCCCUUUAUUGUCGAGUUAUACCAUACAUUCCAGAAUCCAACUUAUCUGUUCAUGACCAUGGAAUACGUCGCUGGAGGGGACCUGUUUUCGUACUUGAGGAAAGCCCAGCGCUUUUCCGAGGAAGCUUCUCGCUUCUACGUAUCCGAAGUUCUCAUCUCCUUGGAAUACCUCCACACGAACAAAAUCAUCUACCGAGACCUGAAACCUGAAAAUAUUCUUCUGGAUACGACUGGCCACGUAAAGCUCGCGGAUUUCGGGUUCGCCAAGGUCGUGAACAAAACCACUCAAUCUUUCUGCGGUACUCCUGACUACAUCUCGGUCGAAAUCGUGGUCAAUAAGCCGUACACCAAAGCGGUCGACUGGUGGUCGCUCGGUGUCCUCGUCUAUGAGCUCAUUUCCGGCAAAACACCCUUCGGCGAUGAAUCGUCCGACCGCAUCUACGAUAACAUCCAAUCCGGACGAAUAAAGUGGCACCCUCUAAUCAAGGGCCACGCCAAAGAGCUCAUCCGUCGAUUACUGGACAUCGACCCCGAGAAGCGAUUGGGAAGUAAUGGUGACGGCGCCGAGAUCAAGCAGCAUCCUUGGUUCAAGCCGGUGAUUUGGAAGAAGGCUGAAGCUCGCCAGACCGUUCCUCCUUUCGUGCCGCCGUGCCAGGCUCCCGAAGUCAUCGAGCAGGAUGGUGUUGCGCGCGGUGUGAAGUCCGAUGAGUACAUGGAAGCCUUGAAAUCGCCAGUGUCCACCAACGGAUUCUUCAGGCCUGAUCCCUUCGUUGAGCUGUUCAAAGACUUUUGACGAGGGGGAUCUCCGCCCUUCUUCAUUGACUGGACAGGACACCUUCUAUCCCUGUUCGAAAUUUUGGAUAUUACCGGAUGCUUCUAGAUGGUAGUUUCGUAGUACCAUCGGUAGGGUAUUAGGGACUGGCAGGGCAAGCGGAUCGGUUUGACGAUAAUGUUUAGGUUUCUGUUCUUAAUUUAUACCCGUUAUAAGUGGGUUUAGAGUUGCUUCUUUGAACGUGACGCUUGGCCUGGGUCAAAUUUUGAUCGACACCGGAAAAACGAAACUUGUUUGAUUUACAUGUCUUGAUCAAAGAAAAUUGC